AUGAAAAUGAUUGCUCCAGUUCACCCUUCGCCACUGCUGCCAACCUCCGCUUCAGCAUCCGACACUGAUCCGUCGUCUACGUCAACAGAAUCAACUGAUGUCGAUACAUCUGAAUCAUUGCUUCCGGGAGUCAAAUUGCCAAGAACAGAGGCAGAAUGGACCGAAGCCAACGACUACUUUCGAAUCCAUCGAAGCGAUUUUUCAGAUUUCGGCAACUUGAACGACGACACGAUCAAAUUUCAAAAUUUUAUCUACAAUUAUUUCGCCACAAAUUAUGGUAUAAUUGAAUCCCCAUCCACCAUGAAAGGAAAUAAUUCGAAUAAAUCAAUUAAAAUUUUUAAAAAAGAGUUAAAACAACUCAAGUUCUUAGGCCACAACAACAAUAACUUCGACAAACAGAUUAGCGAAAAAAGUAAAGCUAUUCGAUUUAAAUUAAAGUCAAAAAAAUCGGCACCUAAUGAAAAAACGCAUGACAUCUCAACGCAACUAAAACAACGGUUUUGGAAAACAUGCAAAUCACUAUUCAACAAGUCAACAAGUUUGUCACCUCAAUUUAAUUCUAACAAAUGCAAGAAAUAUUUCCAUUCAAUUUUAAGUGAUUCUCCAAACAAUAAAUUCAACCUUCCAAAUUGGAUACAAAAUCUUCAAGAACCUGCAAUACCAUUUAAUAUAAAUCCACCAUCAUAUGCAGAAAUUUCAUCAAUUAUUCGCAAAUGCAAAUCUAAAGCAUCUCCAUGCCCUCUUGACCAGAUUUCAACGAUACCCUUCAAAAAUGUCCGAUUCUUCGUACAAUCCUUCAUCAACUUCUAA